AAUUAAAUAGCGAAUAUAAAGGACAGAGAAGGUCAAAAAGAAUCCUAGAAUUAUAUUGAUACGUAAUACUUAUUUUUCUCAUCUUGUCUAAUACCAACGACUUCGAACCCAGCAAAUAUGUCUACGUCAAUCAGUGUUGGCAUAGUAGGUGCUACUGGUCGAACGGGAAGCUCAGUAUUGAACGGGUUGCUAGCUUCCGAGACACAAUUUGAUAUUACUGUUCUUGCACGGCCUACAUCUAUCAAUAGCGAGGCCAAGAAUGAACUCAAAAGCCGCGGCAUUCGCAUCGUAGAUGCAGACUUGAACGGUCCGAAGGAUGACCUUGUUAAGGCGGUUACAGGCAUUGAUAUAAUAAUAUCGUGCAUAGCAUUCCCCAGGCUGGGUGAUCAGAUACCUCUGGUCGAGGCAGCGAAGCAAGCUGGCGUAAAGAGAUUUGUGCCAUCCAACUUUAGCACACCAGCGCCAAGAGGCGUAAUGGAUAUGUAUGACGAGAAAGAUGAUAUCCUUGCGGCUAUUCAACGCCUGUAUUUACCAUACACCGUGAUAGAUAUCGGGUGGUGGAUAGACCAAUCAGUACCGGCGAUACCUUCAGGCCGAACAGAUCACGUAUGUAACAGAGUGCUCGACAUAAUUCCUGGCGACGGAUCGGUACCCAUGGCCUAUACAAACUUUCCAGACAUCGGAACGUAUGUAGCAAAAAUUAUUGCCGACCCAAGAACCCUCAACAAGAAGGUCUUUGCGCAUACCGAGACACUCAGCGCAAUACAAAUGAGGGAGCUCUUGGAGGAGCUCGGCGGAGAAAAGGUCGCAAGAAAUUAUAUGAGCGCAGACGAGGUACACAAGACCAUUGCUUCGAUGCGACUUGCCCUAGAAAAGAACCCCGGUGAUUCAACUGCUAAGUCUAACCUCCUUCUGAAUCAAUACAUAGAUUCAUGGGGACUUCGAGGAGACAAUACUCCUGAGAUCGCAUCGUAUCUAGGAUACCUGGAUUUCAAGGAGUUGUAUCCAGAUGUCAAAGGAAAGACGGUACGAGCCCGUAUUCAAGAGAUUCUGAAUGGUCAUUGAUAGCUAGUUAAGGACGCUUUAUCUUGUAGCUAAAUCGGAUAGUUAGAUUAAGUAGUUGUUCAAUAUGUUUUCUUUAGACUUCUAUAUGAAUGGGUCCUUGUAAGAAAGACUACGAGAGCCGAAGUACGAGCUGGAAGUUAUAACAAUCUUUGUUAUGGCGCACGCGCUAGCUCAUGAGAAUAAGUUGAUAUAACAUGC